GCGAGCAGAGAGGGGAAGGGGGAGGAGGAAUAACAUGGAGCCCCCCACGGUCCUGUCCCCGCUGAGUUGGGACCCGUCGGAGGACGUGGAAGAGUUGUGUGGGGACAUCAUCGGCGAAUGCUCCAAGCGAUCCUGCUCCUCGUCCCGAAGAUCCAGGAGCGGAGCCACGGAGACUGCGGACCCCUGUGGUGAUCCGGGCGGAAGUGCCCUGCGGCGUGUGGGAGGAGACUGGGUCGGAGGAGUCUCCCGUGUGGUGUCGUCCACAGGGCGGCGUUUCUCCCUCUGCUCCCUAGGUGGUUCCCUGGCUGCAGGAGCCGGCGGACGGCGGGGGAGGAAGAUCGGGGCCAUCCGCAAUGGAGGGACCGCUGCUCGAUCCACCUCCGGAGACCAGUCUGAGCGGGGGGCGUCGGUGCUGGUGGCCACCGAUGCACGGGUGACGGUCUGCACUGGAGGGCUCCCUGCCCGUACCACGCCAGGAGUCCUAUCUGCGCCGACAGGAUCUGUGGCGGUGGCCACCGAUACCAGGGCGGCGGGCCGGGGUGGCGAGGAGCGGACCGGGUGUGGCACCUCAGUGUUGACAGGGAGGUCGUCAAAAGCCCUGACAAUCCGAGUCUCGGCCUGCCGGAGAGUGUCUCCCAUCAGUCUGCGUCCCAGAUGCUUCCUGGUCCAUGUGGAGGCCAGCUGGAAAGCGGGUCUCCAGUCCUCACCAAUAAAUUUGGACGUGGAGGAGUGCGGGGACGCCUUUGUGGAUAAUGUUCAGGCCUAUAAUGUGUUUGAGGACGGGGAGGAUUGCGGGGACGCCUUUGGGGAUACUGUUCAGGUUCCGCUGGGGGGCGCUGUGGUGCUCCUCCUGGUGUGCGCCCUCCCAAUGGCGGCGUGUCCGCGAGUAGGGGCGAGGCUGUCGUUCAAAGUGGGAACGCUGGUCUCCCCGCGCCACCUCAGCAUAUGUUCUCUGGGGCUGCUGGUGGAACCGUUGAGGAUAAUGAUCAUCGCGGUCGUCGUAAUGGUCAUCAUCCCUGGUGUCAGGUUCAGGAGGCACCGAAGGGGAGAGCGAGAGCCGGCCCCCCGGAUAUCUGGUGCCCAACUUUACGAUCCAGAGGAGCUCCGCCCUGUGACGUUGGGCGAGGCUCCAUCUGGGGUUCAUCUCGAGGACAGUCACCCGGACGGAAGACCAACCGUGUCGGACAAAGUGCUGGACCAGACUAUAAAGGGCCUCCACUUCUUCGCGUGUCAAAUUGGGGGUGACCGCAGGUGCGCAGCCCGAGCCGGACAAUGUGAGCCCAUCGGCCUGGACCAUCGCCUGGAACUCCGGAGGCAAAAGUCCAGGUGA